UAAUAUUCCCUUUCUUUCCUCCGUAUAAAUAAGUUCUAGGGUUUUAGCGGGCUGCCGCCGCCUCUCUUCCGCUACAGCCACCGCCGCUGCUCGCGUCUCCUUCCCGCGCUCGAAGGCCCUCCUUCGCCUGAUUCAAUCAUGGCCGAGCAGACCGAGAGGGCAUUUCUGAAGCAACCGAAGGUGUUUCUCUGCUCAAAGAAGGCUGGGAAGGGAAAGAGGCCUGGUAAGGGUGGGAACAGAUUUUGGAAGAGCAUUGGGCUUGGAUUCAAGACUCCCAGAGAAGCCAUUGAAGGAACCUAUAUUGACAAGAAAUGUCCAUUCACCGGUAAUGUUUCAAUUAGGGGUCGCAUUUUGGCGGGCACAUGCCACAGUGCCAAGAUGAACAGAACCAUAAUUGUGCGCCGAAACUACCUUCACUAUGUGAAGAAAUAUCAAAGGUAUGAGAAGAGGCACUCAAAUAUAGCAGCGCAUGCAUCACCCUGUUUCCGUGUGAAGGAAGGGGACCAUGUAAUCAUCGGGCAGUGCAGGCCAUUGGCAAAGACUGUGAGGUUCAAUGUGUUGAAAGUCAUUCCAGCUGGCUUAAAAAGUGGCGGCGGCAAGAAGGCUUUUGCUGCAAUCUGAAGUGGUCUUUAAGGUUCAGAGAGUAUUGAGAUGUGUCCGGUUAGAACUUUUUAUUGAGAGAUUGAUGUUAGAGCAGAAAUGUUAGGCUUUUAAAUUUCAUUUUGGGUACUUGCGUUCACCGAAAUAUUCAUGUAAGGUUUUGAUUGGAUCAUUGAAGUUUGAAAGGAUUGAACUUAUUGCAUUCAGAAUUUUGAACCCCUAUUUGGAAGGCCUUAUGAGUUAUGAUG